AUGUUCAAUCCUUUUAGAAGGCAGGUUGGAGCAGUCUGGCAGCGGAUAGGCCUCAGGUCCGAACUUCCAGACCUCGGGGACGACGAGAACUACAGGAUUGCGCCUCGAUGCAAAGCCUUUAAUGUCCCCAAGGAGGGUGGGCCCGCGGAACAAGUUGAAGAUAUUGACAUGCCCGGGGAUAUGAAGGAUCAAGUUCUUGUUUUUAAAUAUAAAGGCAAGGUCCACGCCGUUGACCAUCAAUGCCCUCACUCGUCAUUCCCCCUCUCCCAGGGCAAUCUUUUCGAUAUUGAAGAUUUUGGGAUCGCUUUGUCUACCGGUAUCAUGUGUCCUAAGCAUGACUGGUCUUUCGAUAUCAUCACAGGCAAGGCUGAUCGAGGCAGCUACAAGCUGAAGGUGUGGGAGGUCCAGCUGCGAGAUGUCGCGAACGUCGAAGACGACAAAGAAGUUUGGGUCCGUCGGAAGCAGAGAAUUGGUUAA